AUGGCUAAGAAGGAAAAGAGUGUCAAGGAGGAAGCUGGUGAAGACAACUAUGAAAAAAGAAUGUCUGCAGUCUUACCUUUUGCUAAACCAUUAGCUCCAAAGAAAUUGAAUAAAAAAGUUUUAAAAACCGUUAAAAAGGCAUCAAAAGCUAAACAUGUUAAAAGAGGUGUUAAAGAAGUUGUUAAAUCUUUAAGAAAAGGUGAAAAAGGUCUUGUUGUCAUUGCUGGUGAUAUUUCUCCACCAGAUGUUAUUUCUCAUAUCCCAAUCUUGUGUGAAGAUAGUUCAGUUCCAUUUGUUUUCAUUCCAUCAAAAGAAGAUUUAGGUUCAGCUGGUGCUACUAAGAGACCAACUUCUGUUGUUAUGAUUGUUCCAGGUGGUGGUAAAAAAAAUAAAUCUGAUGGUAAAUCUGAAGAAUAUCGUGAAGGUUUUGAUGAAGUGGUAAAAGAAAUUCCAGCAUUGGAAUAA